CUGAAGCAGACGACGACGAGGUAUAAAUAAUCAGCUAGUCUUUAACGCCAGCACAGUGAUAUUUCGACAUUUGUGUUGUGAAUUUCAAGCUGAGCAACAUGAAACUUUUGAUCGCCCUCGCUUUGGUGGCAGCCGUCAGCGCUGAUGUCUCGCAUUUGUUCUCGCACAGCGACAACUUGCAUGAGGAUGGCUAUCACUACCAGGAGCCACUUAAGCCCUUCGUGAUUGACGUUCCCAGCGUGCCAGUGGUCCACCACACUCCCAUCGUCCACCACACUCCCAUCGUCCGUCAGCCAGAGGUCAUCGUGCACAAGCCCGACAAUGAGUACCUGCCACCCGCACCAGUUGUUCACCACCCAGUGGCUCCAGUUGUCCACCAUCCAGUGGCUCCCGUUGUCCACCACCCAGUGGCUCCAGUCGUCCAUCAUCCAGUGCCACUCCCAGUUGUGCACAAGAUCAACAACGAGUACUUGCCUCCUGUUCACAAGAUCGUGACUCCCGUUGUCCACCAUCCAGUGGCUCCCGUCGUCCACCACCCAGUUGCUCCAGUUGUCCACCACCCAGUGGCUCCAGUCGUGCCACCAUCCAGUGGCUCCCGUUGUCCACCACCCAGUGGCUUCCAAUUGUCUAUUGUCACAACCUGUGCCCAGUCCCAAAUUGUGCACAGCCCCAUCGUCGAUGUCCAGGCUAAGAGUCAACAACGAGUUACUGCCUGCCCGUUGCCAACCACCAGUGGCUCCAGGUGUUCCACCACCCAGGUGGCUCCAGUUGUCCACCACCCAGUUGCUCCAGUUGUCCACCACCCAGUUGCUCCAGUUGUGCACCACCCAGUUGCUCCAGUUGUCCACCACCCAGUGGCUCCAGUUGUCCACCAUCCAGUGGCACCUGUGGUUCCUGUUGUGCACAAGCCUGUGUUGCCCGUCUAUCACCCAGCUCCUGUCGUGCGUGUGCCAGAGCCUGUGUAUCACCCAGAGCCUGUCCACAAGGGCUACAGCUACCCCAACGACCCUCAGCCCGCAUUCAACUUUUAA